UCCAGUAUUGAUUGAGUAGACACAACAACUAUUCCCUAAUCAGUUCACUACUUUCCUCUUAAACGAAUUCAUGUAGUCACGCGAAUGCCACUAAUUUUCAGUAAAAUCUUAACUCCCUCAAUCUCGUUCCGGUAUACCGAGUUCUCAUAGUUUUAUAACCAGGAAGAAAUGAUUUAGUGCUUUUUCAAGUGAAAGUGCGAAUAUGUGUGAGAUACCGGUUGUUUCAUGUUUAUCCAUCAAAUUAAAGCGAAAUCCGAAGAAGCAUGUGUGAUGCUAAUCUAAUUUUAUCCUACUCAUCAUUUGUGUUUUCAUUCAGCUCAGUAUUGGCCCAAAUACAGUUCAUAGUACUAUCUUAUAAGUAUUCAGCUAGCAGCAAUCGUUUCCAGCAAGUCUGUUCCCAAUCGAUAAAAGGGAAAACAGAACUCAUCUGACGGUAUUUCGUAGAGCUCUGUGUUCGUCGACCAGGUGAAAUUAUGAGCUUACCGUGGAACACCUGUCGUGCAGUCUGCAUAUAUCUGUGCUCGAUGAUAGCCUGAUUCGGCUUUCGCAUUGGCGCAUUGGGUUGCGGUGUGAGCUGAAUAAUUAAAAUUACCAUCAGACAUUCCACGCAAAUUUGUCACUGAUUCCCUGGCUCGAUAGUAUGAUGUACGUCGCCGACGCUCGUCCAAACAGGGAAAGCGGACACUUGAACUGCAUAAAUGCUUAGUUCCAUUGUUCCAGAAAAAGAUAGUUAUAACCGUGGUAGAAGAAAGUCAACACAUGCUGAUUGCAAUGACCGACACGCACCAACGGACUACGAUGAUGGGUGGCCCUCCGCACCUUGGCUUCGGAGUGACCAAAAGGAAUGACCGGUAAUGGUGGUUCAACAGAAGACUGACGCUUCAGUUUAGCAGUUGCGAUUCUUGACAAUCGAAGCGUGAAACGGGCUUCUCCCGGUGGACGGAUAGGAAGUGACCUUUAGAAAUAAUAAUAGCAGUCAAUCUUUGACGAUAGAAAAUCGAAUUCAAAUUGUAUAAUAUAGCCUCUGUGAUACCGAUUAUGAGCUGAAAAAGCUAAAGAGGCAGUGGUUGUGGCUAUAGAGCGAUAUAUAUUCUUAUCAUUAUAUUACGAAUAAUAUGCAGUUGUGCGGAAUGGUUUACUGAUAAAUGUCACAUGGCACUAUAGCAGAGAUGAUUACUAGCAUUGGAAUACCAACAUUGAGACAAUUGAUAAUACUUAUCGCAUCAGCGUUACGCUUAGCGCAACUCUCCCAUGCUUCUCCGGUGAUAAUUCGCCAGCCGCGAAGUGAUUUCACCGUUGGCACAUGUACAUGGGUAGUCGAACGACCAUGCCCCGAUCAAGACAUAAAGUUUUACUUAUACACCCGCUCAAACCAAGAGGACCGGCAGUAUGUUCACAUCGACGAAUCGUUGGAAAAGUCGAAUCUUAGCACCUCAUUUUACAACCCAUCGCUGCCAACAAAAGUUAUCAUUCAUGGGUACAAUGGGGACAUGUUUCUUGAACCGUUAAUCAAAAUGAAAGGAGAAUACCUGAAUAGAGGUAACUACAAUUUGUUCUACGUAGAUUGGAGUGUGCUUGGUCCCGGUCCAUGCUAUCCUUCUGCAGUGCACAAUACAAAACACGUGGGAAUUUGCAUUGGCCAACUGGUGCAACGGCUGCUGGACACCGGUACAGACAAUAUACACCUGAUUGGAUUUUCCUUGGGUGCUCAAGUGACCAACUAUGCGGCGGUAAAAUUACGACCGUUUAAACUAAAGCGAAUAUCUGGACUGGAUCCGGCUAUGCCCUUGUUCAUCACAGCAGAUACAGAUGACAAACUUGAUCAGACAGAUGCGGACUUCGUAGAUGUAAUCCACACAAAUGCACUCGUUCAGGGAAAAAUCGAGCGAUGCGGACAUGUGGACUUCUAUGUGAAUGGUGGAAUCAUUCAACCUGGAUGCUGGGCAGGAGGGCAAAAUCCCAUGGCUUGCAGCCAUCACAGGGCACCGGAUUAUUUUGCGGAGUCAAUCAGAAGCCUAACCGGAUUCUGGGGUUGGAAAUGUGAAAGCUACAUUUACUACCUUCUAGGGUUUUGCCCGCACAAUAACUACCAAGUGAUGGCAGGCGAGGACUGCAUUCCAGGAACUGAAGGAAUGUUUAUGAUCACCACAAAUGCGGAUUCGCCUUUUGCCAUUGGUCGUUGGACUGAUACCUUAGGAUUAUUGAAAACAACUAACUCCUUACACAAUUUCAACCUUAAACGGGAUCCAUUCAUCAGCGACAUUGAUCAGUGGGGAAAACUAGAAGGGAACUUCAACAAUGUGGAGCAAUUUCCAACACCGUAUUCUCAGGAUCCCAAUGGAGACGAUUGGCCGUACUUUAAUCAUAUCGGAACGAACAAACUUACCAAAGAUUACAUUAAGCAAAUUCUGGAACAGGAUAGAGACCGGUACGAAGAAACCACCGAAGAGAGCGAACCGAUGCAUACAGAUCUACUGAAGCAUGUCGGGCUGAGUAAUGGCAUAAAUAAAAAUGUUGGACUGAAUGACUUAAGAAGAAGGCUCCAACUAAAGGAAGCCAGCGUAGUUGAACAGUAUUCGUUACCAAUGUACAAUCCAUUUUACUCGGAUAUGGAACGACAUCUAACGAUCACCAUUUAUUUCGGCCUUCAAACGAAAAGCAUUUACCACGCGGUCAAGUUCAGUGUAGUCAACUGCAAGCGCGCAAAAUGGUUAGUCGGUGGCACUAACGCUAGCGAGGAUUAUCCGUUAAACAGUAACAUGCUCGAUUUUUUGAUCCCGUUCCUUUGUCAUCAUGUGUUUAUAAGAAACAUUUUCAACUUGAAAUGUAAUAUGGAGCAGCUGAAAAACAUAGAUCCAAACUAUGGAGUGACGUGGAUGUUUAUGCCGGAUGACCAAGGCGUGCCGCACGUAAUCGAUCUAACGACACCAAACGAUACCUCUUCGGACGGGAAAAAUUUCUGGAAUAAUGUAAACGAUGAUGUGACGUUUUAUUUCUACCGACAGAAAACCAAAGGAAGUCCGGUUGCCUUCAAGUUCAAAAACGACCCUUCAGUACCACUCAACUUCGUUAAAAACUACGACCCAAAACUACCAACAAAGUUCAUUAUUCACGGAUGGCGUAACUCUGUCAGCAGCCCCGUUUGCCAACAAACUAAGGAUGCCUAUUUGCAACGCGAAGACAUGAACGUUCUUGUGGUCGACUGGGGUCCCUUGGCGCAUGAUACUCUAUACUUCAGAUCGGCAUCAGCAACCAAAGACGUUGGUCGUCACGUGGGAUCACUAAUCGACCGGAUGGUAGCCGAACGGGGUACAAAUUUGGAGUCGGUCCAUAUCAUAGGGCACAGUUUGGGUGCUCACACCUCGGGAUUUGCUGGAAGAGCAGUAAGCUCGGGAAAAGUUGCCCGAAUUACUGGUCUCGAUCCUGCACUCCCAGGCUUCACUGAUAUGCAACCGGAUAAGAUACUCGAUCCCACCGAUGCUCAGUUUGUGGAUGUGAUACACACAUGUUCCGGGAUGUUGGGGCAUAAUAAGAAUUUGGGGCAUGUGGAUUUUUGGCCAAACGGUGGAACUGUGACGCAACCCGGAUGCAACGGGAUGGAAGAUUUCACCGGAGCUUGCAGUCAUGGAAGAUCUUUCAUUUAUUAUGCUGAGUCAGUGAACAGACAAGAUGCCUUCAUGGCUUUCCAGUGUAAUGGCAUGACCGAUUAUAAAAGUGAACAUUGCCGCUCGAAUCCGGUGCCAAUGGGCGAUGCAGUUCCAGAGGACGCAAGAGGUUCUCAUUAUUUGGAAACUAACGCAGAACCUGAGUACGGAAGAGGUCUUAGAAGGUGAUAUGUCUG